CGCAGGCUUUCACAUCGUCUCCCCCCGGUCUCUUAUGUUUGGAAACCGAGCUCUAGCGACAUGAACUCGCUCUCAUCGCCAAGAUGCCCGUUUGCGCAAAAGUGAUUUUUAAUUCACUUUUAUUCAAAUGAACCUAAGCGCGCCGGCCAAUGUAGCCGUCUAGUGCGCAGUUCUGCCCGUUCUGUUCGCUGGAUUGUUUUCUGCUUUAAUACAUUCACCUUCGGAUCGGCCGAAAGCAUCUCCACAUCAGUCGGAUCAAAGACGAGAUUGGACUUUUUUUUUAUCCGGGAGCGGGGGAUAAUAUGUCAAGACGCAAACAGACCAACCCUUUCAAAGUGAAUUGUAGGUAUCCCAGGGCCUUUUCACACGACUGGGUUGUCCGGCCCGCAGCACACUUUUAAGAUGGAUGCUAGAGAUUACUUCAUUGAGGACGGGGAAUGCCAUAGCAACAACUCACAGGAACCUGAAGAGCAAGACAGCACAAGUGACGACGGUGAUAGUGAUUUUGAUAAAGAUGACUCCUCAAAUGCCUCUGCUGAUGACAGCAUGACGAGUAAUAAGAGCAACCUCGGCCCCAUACUACAUGAUGAAGUCAAGGAGGAGAACGAGGAGGGGACAGACCAGGGGAGCAGUUUUGGAUGUCCUCUUUGUUCCCUGGAGUUCAAUAGCCCAGAUCAGCUUAUCGCACACGUCUACCAGCACACAGCUGUGGGUGGCAGUAAGAGUUAUGUCUGUCCUGUUUGCGGAAGAGCUCUCAGUUCCCCAGGCUCUCUUGGUCGCCAUCUUCUCAUCCAUUCAGAGGACCGACUGUCCAACUGUGCCGUAUGUGGGGCUCACUUCACAGACACCAACAACUUCAACAGGGAAAAGUUGAAGGAGUUCCUCGACACAAGCAGUAUAGAGAUCAACAGUGAUGGUGAGGCCUGUGCCAUGUCUGACUCUUUACCCAGAAGCACUAUGACUAACCCAAACACAAGUCCUGGUCCUGGACUGACCUCAUUGCCAGUUGGUCUUCUCCCUUCUGCACCUCCUCUUCACUCACUCUCUGAUAGCCUUAAUCCUCCAAACACAGGACUUCCACCUCUUCCAGACCUCAUGAACCCUAUGCCCGUGUACCCAGCUGGGGUUUUGUUGGUCUGCAACAGCUGUGUAGCCUACCAGCAGCUUGUGGAUGCCCAGUCGCCGUCCAUGCGGAAAUGGGCCGUCCGUAGGAAGAACGAACCCGUAGGAUUGCGGAUGCAGCGGCUUGAACGUGAGCGAACGGCCAAGAAGACCAAGCGGGCAUGUGAGUCACCAGAGGAGCGGGAGAUGCGCCGCUUACGAGACCGUGAGGCAAAGCGGCAGCAAAGGAUGCAGGAGACAGACGAACAACGGGCACGUCGUCUGCAGCGAGAUCGGGAGGCCAUGCGAUUCAAGCGGGCCAACGAGACGCCCGAGAAGAGGCAGGCGCGGCUAAUCCGUGAGAGGGAGGCCAAGAGGCUAAAGCGGCGCUUGGAGAAGAUCGACCCAUCGCUGAGAAACCAGAUCGAGCAUGACCCUGCUGCGAUGGCUGCACUCACUGCUGAUAUGAGUCUAUUCCAGUUUUCCUUUCCCAUGUCUGUCCCUUCCAUGGACAAUGGACUGUUUAUGAAGCUUCCCUAACAAGCACAGCUCCAAACACCUCUCAACCCAACAUUUGAGAAGAAUUUGCCAUUCUUAAAGAAUAACUAUCUUGAACAUAACUGUGAUGAGAAGGUUAUGGUCUUGCAGUUUCAAGGAGGUGCUCACCCUGACAGCGAUUUGCAGUGAUGUAGGCGCCAGAUGUCUUUCAUUUUCAAAGAGAGAUUUGAGGCGACAUGAUAGACAAUGAGUUGCAAUGCAACAAUGUUGACCAGAGUUCAACGUUAUGCAGAUAGGCAGCAACACACAUGGAGACUACCAAUUGGAGAGUAGACAGCGAAGUUCACAUGUUCCGCUUCCUAAUACAAUUGGAUAUUGCAGUUGAGGACAGAAGUGGUUCUACAGGAUAGACAAGACAGGCAAUUGCACCCCUAAGGGUGGCGGAUUAGAGUAGUCAACAGCAAGAAGAAAUAAACUUCCUGAAAACUAGAGCUUGGCAAUGUUUAGCAGGCUACAAUGACAUAUUCGAUAAUCCCUCUAGGGGGCUUCAUCCCUUUAACUAAGAUCUCAGUAAAAAAAUCAAAAGAAGAGCAGGCAUCAUGCAGAUGAUAUUCCCAUUUGGUAGUCAGAAGAGGAAAGCGGAGUCUGCGGCACCAGAGUCCCUUACAAUCACAACCAGUCAACUAGGAACACCUACUAGCAACCAACAGCACGUCGACAUGCCGACCUCCAGUGAUUUAAUUGCUGUCAGUGUGAACAACCCUUUAUGGAUCUCUGUAACAUAUUUGACUUACAUAAUUAACUGAACUUGUAUAAGAAAUUCCGACAUUCACAGAAGGGCAAACAUGUUACCCUCUCUGUAAGCAUGUUUUAGGAGACUUGUCUACUUUGUUUUCAAGGCUCAGACUUUUAGCCGUCUUUCUUCAGAGCAGCGAGAUUCUUCCAGAAGGAGGUUCUCGGUUUGUACACGGACUUACAGUGACAGGAGUGAGACGUGUAGCUACACUCCACACUCAGCCUACUCUUCAAAUUUGCCAGUCUGAAAGGUUGGAGUUUACCUGCAACUAUGGCUCACCUCCCAGGACCCUAGAUUGGGUCACUACUAGCUCAUACGCACAGAAGCAACUACCUCACCAUGGGAUCCUUGCAUAGGAACAACAGGGACAUGCAGGUCCACACACUGACUUACUGUUCCCUAUGCCAACACAUACUUUAGUCCAAGGGUGUCCAACCCUGCUCCUGGAGGGUUCAUCCUCCAGAGUUCACCCCUGAACCAUCUAAUCAAGGUAUUCAGGGUUACUUGAAACCCCCAGACUGGUUGUGUGUUGGAGCAAAUUGGAGCUAAACUCUCCAUGAUGGGGGCUGUCCUAGACCAGGAUUGGACACCCCUGGUAUUAUCAUUGCUCUACAUGUUCGCCGAAACGACAACACCUUAUUUAAAUGCUGUUUAAGUGCCGCUGACCCAAAUGCUGAAAUCUACAUGGGCUUGCAGUCUUUGCUUAUGCAGUUUUAUGUUCACAAGGCCAUAAGGUGCCCUACUUGUCACAAAUUACAAGGAUGGCACCUUUGCAGCCACUGUAUACCUCAGUGCACCCUUUAGUUGAGCCUGGUGCGGACUUUGGAAACGGACUGCUACCCAAGAGUUUAUGCGGCUUUAUAUCACUUAAGUGUGGACUUCAAGAAGGACUACAAGGGUUGAGGGUGCCAUUUGGGACAAGGCCUCUUGUGGCGACUUUGUCCUUUUUUUAAAAGAGAAAG